AUGGCAGAGCAUUUGGCGUCGAUUUUCGGGACGGAGAAGGACAGGGUGAACUGCCCGUUUUACUUCAAGAUUGGGGCCUGCCGUCACGGAGACCGGUGCUCGCGCCUCCACACGAAGCCGAGCAUCAGUCCAACUAUAGUGCUUUCCAACAUGUAUCAGCGCCCUGACAUGAUCACUCCCGGAGUCGAUCCCCAGGGCCAGCCUCUUGACCCUAAGCAAAUCCAAAACCAUUUUGAGGAUUUCUAUGAAGAUUUGUUCGAGGAGCUUAGCAAAUAUGGAGAUCUUCAGAGCCUCAACAUCUGCGAUAACUUGGCUGAUCACAUGGUUGGGCGUCCCAUUAUUGUUGACUUUUCCCCUGUGACGGAUUUUCGUGAAGCCACGUGUAGGCAGUAUGAGGAAAAUGAAUGCAAUCGAGGUGGAUAUUGCAAUUUCAUGCAUCUGAAAAAGAUAAACCGAGAGCUGAGGAGGAAGUUAUUUGGGAAGAGUAGACGAAGGCAUGGCCGCAGUAGAAGCAGAAGCCGUAGUCCUCACCCGCAUGAUUACGAGAAUCAUUCACGUGGUGGCCAUGGUUCUGGAAGAAGAAACGACCACCGCCAUCAUGAUAAAGGCAGGAGGCCUAGAAGCAGAAGUCCUGUUCGCAGAGGUGGAAGAAGCAGAAGUCCUGGGGGAAAGAGAAACAGGAGUCCAGUUAGGGAAAGCAGUAUGGAGAGAAGGGCAAAAAUAGAGCAGUGGAAUAGGGAAAGAGAUCAGGCUGAAUCUGCUAGGGGUAACGCUCACCAGAGCAGGGAAAUGAAAGUUACAACCACUGAUCAAGUUGCUUUCAGCGUUCACGGUUGGCGCUUCUCUCUGGAGAAAGAUUACCCUAUUCAGCAUGUUUGA